AACGCUCCCGCGGCUCUUAGCGCCCACGCUGCAGGCAGAGAAGUCGAGACUGCGGCUGUUCUGGUUGGAGGUGCCUCACCGGGGAAGACACCGGGGAAAGUUGCUACAAGGGCGAGCGAAGUAGCUCCAAGAGCCACCAGUGCGCAAAAACAGCCGACGCAGAAGCAGACCGCGGGUCCGCAGGCGCAGCGGGGAUUCAGCAGCAAAGCUCAGAAGGUCAAGGAGCAGGACGCGCAUCCCAAGCAGCCGCUGGUUACCCCUCACGACUACAUGCUGUCUCUGUACUGGUCUCUGUCCAGCGGGGAGCUGAACGGCAGCGCGCUGCACGAAGCGGGACUGGCCAACACCAUCACCAGCUUCGUGGAUAAAGGACAAGAUGAACGUGGGCCCCAGCUGAGACGGCAGAGGUAUCACUUCAACGUCAGCUCUCUGGAACGAGACGGGCUCCUGGGGGCCGAGUUGCGCAUCUUGAGGAAGCGCCCAUCUGACCUCCGCAGGAUUUCAAUGGGGGGAUCCACAGCCGCUGAUGGAGCGGGGGGAGGAAUAAUGUCAUCCCCGUCCCUGAAGCUGUACACCUGUGCGUCGGGUAAACAACCGGCUGUUCUGCUCCAUACGAAGACCAUGGAGGAUGUGCUCAGUGGAGGCGGUUUCGGCAACAAAUGGGAAGUGUUUGACAUCUGGAAAGUCUUCAAGGGCUUUAAAACCCAGCAGAACCAGCACUCCCAGCAGCUGUGCUUUGAACUGGAGGCCUUGGAGCACAGGGGCGGUCGCCCCAUGGACCUGCGCACUCUGGGGUUCGCCCGGCCUGGCAGGACCAACAAGGAAAAGGCCUUCUUCCUUGCGUUUGGCAAAAGCAAGAAGCGCGACCUUUUCUACAACGAGAUCAAAGCGCGGUCAGGCCAUGACAACAAAACCGUCUAUGAAUACCUGUUCACCCAGCGGCGAAUGCGCCGAGCUCCGCCUGCAAGAGGGGCUAAAAAACUGCAGCCGCCGCAGCAGCCACCGCCGCCGCACACCCUGCCCCAAAAUCAGGCGGGGAAGACGCUGACGAGGCCACGGUGCCACCGCAGACGACUCCACGUGAACUUCAAGGAGAUGGGCUGGGACGACUGGAUCAUCGCGCCACUGGAGUACGAAGCAUUUCACUGCGACGGCGUCUGCGACUUUCCCAUCCGCUCGCACCUGGAGCCGACCAACCACGCCAUCAUACAGACCCUGAUGAACUCGAUGGACCCGGAGUCUACGCCGCCGACCUGCUGCGUCCCGACGCGACUCAGCCCGAUCAGCAUCCUCUACAUCGACUCGGCCAACAACGUCGUCUACAAGCAGUAUGAGGACAUGGUGGUGGAGUCGUGCGGUUGCAGGUAGCCAUAGAUAUAAAUACGUAGAUACCGCCUUCGGUUGUGUGAGAUGCGUCUCUGCCGCCGCCGCCAUUUCGGGACGGAUGUCUGACCCACUUGACCAUAAAGACUCAUAGAAAAUAAAAGACUUUUGUGCUGCUUUUGGAAUGCUCAUACAAAAGAAACGCCAAACUAAAGUAAAAUGGAAAAAUAUUUCACAAAAGGUGUUUUACAAUAUUUAACAGUUACGAACAUGUGAAUUUGGGUAGUAUCCUACAUAAACUUAAAUGACUGUCCUUAUUAUCAUGGCUUAAAGCUGCGUACUGUUAUUAUCUACACAAGAUAAGGUAUUUUGGUAUGAAAACCCGCAUUUUUAAUUUAACAAAGUAUGUUGUAUCAUAGAUACAUAUCUGGUUGGAAAUUCAGUGAG